AUGUGUGGGCGUGAAACAAAUAAGUGGGCGUGGGAACAAGAAGAUGGGCGUGGGAACAAGAGACAGGCGUGGAACAAGCACACGCGUGGGAACAAGAAGACGGGCGUGAACAAAAACACACGCGUGGAACAAGAAGACAGGCGUGGGAACAAAGGAACAGGCGUGGGAAUAAAACACACGCAUGGAACAAAGAAACAGGCGUGGGAACAAGAAGACAGGCGUGGGAACAAGAAGACGGGCCUGGGAACAAGAAGACGGGCCUGGGAACAAGAAGACGGGCCUGGGAACAAAGACGGGCGUGGGAACAAAGACGGGCGUGGGAACAAAGGACGGGCGUGGGAACAAAGAAGACGGGCCUGGGAACAAGAGGCAGACGCAGAACAAGAGACAGGCCUGGGAACAAGAGACGAGCCUGGGAACAAGAGACGGGCGUGGGAACAAGAAGAACAGGCGUGGGAGCAGGCCUGGUAA